GUUUAUUAUGAUCAUUUAGAAAGAAUCACACUAGUACGCAGACAUCGACGCUGCAGCUCCGUCCACAAUGCGAGUGAAUCCAUCUGCGGUGAGUGACGCUCCUCCAACCAGGGCUCCAUCCACAUCCGGCAUCGAAAUCAGAGACAAUAUCGAAUCAGGCGUCACAGAGCCACCGUACUGGAUCUGAAUUUGUGCCGCAAUAUCUGACCCGUACAAUUCUUCCAGGGUGUUUCGAACCACAAGGUGGGCGAUCUGGGCUUGAUCUGGCGUGGCAACCUUGCCGGUCCCUAUCGCCCACACUGGCUCAUAAGCAACGACGAGUCGGAUGCUAUCGGCAGCAGAAAUAGAAGCCACAAUGUCGUCUUUCGUGACCCCGUUCAGAGCUUCUUUGAGUUGCGAAUUCACAACGCUCGACAAUAAGUUAUUUUCGUACUCUUGUAGUGUCUCGCCGACACACAAAAUGACUUUGAGACCUCGCUCUUGUAGUGACAACUUGAUUUUCGCAUUGAUGCUUCCGUCUGUUUCUCCAUARAGUGUCCGGCGUUCGGAAUGCCCUACCAUUACAUAAUCACAUCCUAGUGAGCGGACCAUCGACGGCGACACCUCACCCGUAAAGGCUCCCUUCKUUUCAACUCCAACAUUUUGUGCGCCGACCUUUAUCCCCGUUCCUUCCAAUAAAGAUACCGCACGUUCCAGGUAAGGAAAGGGGGGAAAGACGAUAGUUUCCAAGGGYGUCUCACCAUUUCGAUGGUGGACAAAAUUCGAAGCCAGMAGAUUCAAGAGGGUCGACGCCUCUUGUGCCGUGGAAGGAUUGAGCUUCCAAUUCCCAGCUACAAUGGCAAUUCUCUUGUUGCUGCCACUACCGGAUGAAUGCGCACCUCUUGUUGCAGCUGCUUGUGUUUCUGGUCCAUUUCUAUCGUUGCGGCUGUUAGAAACAUCCGAAUAAUGAUUUACAAAUGAUUUCAACACACAAGAAGAUGAAAGACUUUGUCUCCGACAAGUUGUUGCAGAAAGUCUUCUCCGGAUGCAAUUAUCAACGACUAAAGCCGUCGACAACGACAAAACAGCUAUCGUGAGAGCACCUAUGAGACCAAGCCGCAGUCGCUCGUUUAAAGCCCGAACAAUCAUUGCUCCGAAGUAAGUCGCACGAUCAAUGUCGUAUUUUCAUCCGUGUUGGUUGCAGCGCGUCUUCGAUGGGUACGACAUGGUACCGGGCAGGAGUCAUAAAAUAAGGAGGGGUGCGGAUCGAAUCGAAAACUCCUGGGAAAAAAGAAGAAACUCAUAUUCCACGUGUGGUCCAUUUCCAACAAGUCACCCCAGGAUUUUUUAAUUCUCACUUUUACUGCAUAAUGGGUGAUUCCCGUUAUUAUAGAUGUGCUAAGCUGGUAAAUCUGGCAUUUAUAUUACUUUUAUAAUAACGGGAAUGAAAUAUUCAACGGACAGACUGAGAGCAAGCCGGACUUUACUGCAGUCUUUUUUGGAAUCUGGAAUCUUAACUAUACUCCAGCGUAAAGACUAAAAAGACUCAAAACGCGCGCCCUUUGGUAUUUGGUACUAAGUAAAACAUGAAAUUUCCGAUACUCAACAACUAGAGUAAGACAUAAACUCAUUCCAACUUAUUUUCCUAGAAAAUAAGUUGAAAUGAAUUUAUGCAUUAAAGUACGGAAACACACUAAAAGACAACAGUUUCUUCCCAGCAACAAGAAAGACAACAUUGACCAUCGGCAAUGGGAUUAAUGGAAGUGAUCACCAUGUACUGGUACCUCCRGUUGCAGUCUGAGGAAGAGCAUCGGAGCUACAAAAGCAAACUGUCUCCAGAGGAGCGCCGAAGGAGGGACCAGAGAACCCCAAGGAUUGCAAUCAGGAAGUACGCCACUUCCCCUUUCCUGUACAUGUUUCACUCAGGGGAUGACCAAUCUCUCUUAAACUGCUGUGGUGUAGACCACAAGGUCUUCAGGGAGCUUGUUGACCUGUUUGCUCCAGUAUGGAACAAGUACACAGUGAACAAGAACAAUGAGAUCGUGGAGGUUCCUUGUUACGCCAGUGGNCGCUGGACCUUUCGAAACAACCAAACAUUUAAAAUUUAAUUGAAAUAAUCAAAAAUGUGAUUUGAACACUUGUACCAUACAAUUCUAGCUGCACCUGUUGAGAGAACCAAACAUUUCAAAUUUAAUUGAAAAAAUCAAAAAGUGAUUCGAAAACUUGUACCAUGGGAUUCUAAUGUACCGCAAAAACAUGAACUCAACCACACCAAAAUAGAAUUGAAAUAAAUUGGAAAUUUAUUCGACUAUGUUUAGACCAUGGAAUAAAACAAUACAAUUUGCGAUCCCACUAUGCAAAGGUGAGUAAAAUAAAUUGGCACCACGUGACUUGACAUUUUGACAGCAGGUCAUCCCAUGACUUUCAAAAUUAAUUCUCAACCCCCACGACUCAUCGAAUAUUUUUUUUAAAAUUAAUUGACAAGUGAGGUAGUAAGUCCGGUCGGGAAUCGCAACCCACGUAUUAUUUUCACUCACAAAAUAUGUUCAUUCAUGGGUUGAGAAUAGGUACAAACCCCGGAAAUUUACAAAAAAAAGGGGUCGAAAAACAGUUAAUGGACGCAUUCCCGGGAUUAAUAAAGUUAAUCAAUGAGGUUGAUAACAUUAUUUAAUGAGAUUAAUAAACUUUUAAUUCACCGAUAAUUAAUUUUAUUUUCAGACAUUCCGCCAUAAUCAAAUUUCUUAAAGCCCCCGAAUAGACAACAUUCUGUUUAACAGAUUUCCCUGUUCCCCCUCGACGCGCGGAUAUUACAAAACGCGCGAUCGGGGGCUCUCCCGGUAGAUUGGGCAGUUUAUUGCAUGUAUUUAACACUUAAAUGACUAAAUUUGUACUUAAAUGCAAGUUUGCAUUCUCUCCCUCGCGUAGACAACGCCACGUUCUAUGAACAAACAUGAAGCCCAAAGAUAAGGAGCAAAAAACAGCGCCUUAAGCAUGAGGGUGUAAAAAUACGAACCCGAACUACUGAAUGCAGUAUUUCAUUAAUUCUCACUGGAGUUGCUUCAGACUUAAAGACAAACUAAGAAGACGGGGAAUUGUCAUUUGUAGUGUUGCAUGAGGGUGUAAAAAAUAGGAAACCGAACUAGUGAAUGCAGUAUUUUUUAAUUAAACCGUACUGCGGUUGCUUCAGACUCGAAGACUGGAUUUCGUCAUUUGUAUUAUGGUGCAAAUCUGCAAAUCUUACGCACAGACGAAAGGUGUUCCAUCGAUCGUACCGUCCGGUAUGAAAAAACAUAUCAUACCUUGAUGACAAAGUCUUCAUUUGCUCGCAAGCUUUGACUACCCGAGAGAAUCGAACUAAAAUCACAGCAUGUCCGAUGCAAGAAAGUCUCCCGCAACAGAAAGAAACAAAGAUGUCGAAGCGUCUGGGAGCCUCUUAGCCAUAGAAGAACCUUUCACUAACAAACAACACAUUGCUGCUUCCAAUCAUUCUACCUCGAUUCCAGAUGCCGUUGCGGUUGGAAACAAACUCGGCUCAACCCCUCCCGAGUCUAGAUCAUCGUCGUCAGUCCCCGAAGCACUUGUUACCUUGUCAUCCAACAGCAAUGUGCUACGAGUCGAAAGCGAGCCCGUCGCAGUGGCCAUGGCUGUAAAGUAUGGGGACAAUUCCAUGUCUAGUGAUGACAACGAGAGGAAGUACAAGUAUAAUGUUAAAGCUCUCACUUGCAUUUUGGUGGUGAUUAUGGUUGCCAUUGCCAUUUUUCUCGUCGUAUUCUUUACCUUCGAGAAGAAGCAGACGAAAGACUCUCUCACUGGAGACUCCGAGAACAUCACCACUACUUCAGAGGAAAAUAACCUAAGCGCCUUCGAGUAUUCGGAACGCCGCUCAUCGCUUAUUGAUAUUCUUGAACCCAUUGUUUCUGAUCCACAAGUAUUUGACCCGGAGAGUUCCCAGGCCUCUCCUGAUCGAAUUGACGCUCUCCAAUGGCUUGUUACAACGAACCUGGCCCGCCUCUCUAUCCCGGUUCUCGAACAGCGUACCAGCAACACCAAUAGCGACCUGAGUUUGGAAGACUUUCCAGAAAAAACGACUGAAACUGCGGUNGGACAAAAUUCGAAGCCAGCAGAUUCAAGAGGGUCGACGCCUCUUGUGCCGUGGAAGGAUUGAGCUUCCAAUUCCCAGCUACAAUGGCAAUUCUCUUGUUGCUGCCACUACCGGAUGAAUGCGCACCUCUUGUUGCAGCUGCUUGUGUUUCUGGUCCAUUUCUAUCGUUGCGGCUGUUAGAAACAUCCGGAUAAUGAUUUACAAAUGAUUUCAACACACAAGAAGAUGAAAGACUUUGUCUCCGACAAGUUGUUGCAGAAAGUUUUCUCCGGAUGCAAUUAUCAACGACUAAAGCCGUCGACAACGACAAAACAGCUAUCGUGAGAGCACCUAUGAGACCAAGCCGCAGUCGCUCGUUUGAAGCCCGAACAAUCAUUGCUCCGAAGUAAGUCGCACGAUCAACGUCGUAUUUUCAUCCGUGUUGGUUGCAGCGCGUCUUCGAUGGGUAAAGUACGACAUGGUACCGGGCAGGAGUCAUAAAAUAAGGAGGGGUGCGGAUCGAAUCGAAAACUCCUGGGAAAAAAGAAGAAACUCAUAGUCCACGUGUGGUCCAAAUUUCCAAGUCACCCCAGGAUUUUUUCAAUUCUCACUUUUACUGCAUAAUACUAGUAGAACUAUCCAACCUUUAACCAGCAGUUACCACGUUACCAAAAAUACUACUAUUUUAAUUGGUCUGCUUCAGUGGCAGUGGAAGUCAAAUUUAUUUUCAAUUUAGUGGCAUGCCACCAGCAUUUAAGCUGGCAUCUCAUUCCCCUAACUUUAUUGUUUUACAAUGUUCUUUCAUACUAGUAGUACUAGUAGUACUACUAGUAGUACUAGUACUAGUAGUUAAAACCCUCCUGCUGGCUCUACAACUAAAAAGAGGAUUGCUCUGGAAAUUUUCUUUAAAAUCCACCCCCCCCCCCAGACCCCCCCUUCCGCUGAAGCAAGCCAAUUACAGUCGAAACUAUUUUAGUGUUUUUAAUGUGUCGACUUCCAUGAUCUUUGAGUACUAGUACUAGCCAGUCUACUCCAGCAGUUUUUCAUGCUGAUUCUGAAUAGUAUACCAUUUUCUUGGAUAUUAAAUUGAUAUUUGUGGUACUAUUUUACUAUUGAAAAAUGAACAUAAUUUUCCAUGACAGUACUAGACUAGUAGUAGUAGUAGUAGUAGUAGUAGUAGUAGUAGUAGUAGUAGUAGUAGUAGCAGCAGCAGCAGCAGUAGUAGUAGUAGGUUUUGAUUACUAGUAUGAGUUAAGGGUCAAACCGAAGCGUUAGUUAGUACUACUAAAGAUCAUAAGAAGAUCAUAUGUAUGUUAUGGAGAAAAACCUGAGUCAAUUGAGUGAGAAAUCACAGUCAAAACACAUUCAAAUAACACAGAGUGAUGAAAUCUGGCUUGAUUUUGAUCAAUUGGGCCAAGCUCCCAUGUUUUUGGAGCUUGCUCUGACAUUUCCUAGCUCCGACAUUUCUGAGACGAAGUGUCCAAGCACGGAAACUCAGCAGGAAACCACACUCAAAACACCCACAAGAAACUAGACAAGAUGGAAUCUGGCUAUGUUGAUAGGCAUACACCUGGACACCAGAAUAAAAGAUCUAAUCAAGCGGCUGAUUGAAUUUCAAUCGGGCAUUGCAAGUGCCCCGCAAGCAUCUGCUACUAGCAGCUCUUGCCAAAGCAAAUCCAAUUCUGGAUCUGACAAGGCUGCAUACUUGCAAGUAGUUCCAUCCCCAUUUGGAAGCAAGCCUGGAGGCAAGCUGCUUUUGAGCUGCAAUUGCCUCUGGGCCCUCCAUGCCAUCAAUGGAGUAAACAAGAGGUGUGAAGUGCUGGUGUGCUUGGUGACAAUGGUCCUCAUACUUGUCCUUCUUCUCCUGUUCUUGUAAAUGGACGAGCACAUGCAGUGGAGCCUUCUUCUUUUCAUAGGAGGAUGAAUCAGUAUCUGUGGUGAUUCUGAUAUCAAACACUGUGGUGGUGCCCUGCUUCCAAAUCCAUGCACAUAGAGAUCAACUCUGAGCUCUCUUGGUGGUGGUGGGGUGUUGCAUUGGCGUUGCUUUUGAGCUGGUGGAGGGUGGUAGAUGGGUAUUCGUGGAUCAUCAGUAACACUGCUUGGUGUCAAGGCCUUGACACAGAACUGGUGCCAUUCUCCUGCAAUGUUGUUGUGACGGUGGAAAACAAGCCUGCACUUUCUACAGGGCAUGGUGUGUUUGACAGUGAAGAUGACACUGCAUCCAUCACACCCCUUGGGGAGGUGUAGAGGAUGGAGGCCAAAUCACAGUUGUAGGUUGUCUCAAAAUUCUUUGGUGAACUGAACGGUCCCAUUGAGGAUAUGGGGUGUUGCUGCCUCUGCCACUGUCCUGCUUUUGGCCUUGGGAUGAAAAGGUGCCUCAUUUCUUUUCUUCCGUAGUAGCCAUUGUUGGCCUUGUUGCCUUGCAUGAGCCCUUAAGUCAAAUCACCGUAAUGGAGGUGCGGAAGGCAAGGAACUAGCCUCCAAAUUUGGCGCCGGGAGAGUGGUUGAUGCAGCAUUAUUUGACUCACACAAAAAAGCUGCCUCCAAGGCCUCCCCAUCAGCAACAGUAGUAGCCUCCGCAGUACUAGUAGCCUCCGCAGUACUAGUAGCCUCCGCAGUAGUCUCAGAAUGCGGCAUUGUGAUCUGUAUCAUGUGAAUCCAUGUCCUUGGAUGAAGGUGAAUCUGACAGAACCAAAGGAUCCUCCUUUAAGGCACCUUUUUGGGCCUUUGCCUUGUCCACAGCAAAAGUGGAUCUGUACUUGGGCCCCCUGAUGGUGGUCCCCCGUCCAAGGUGCUUCACCUGAGCAAUGCCUGCAAGGAAUUGUGUAUUGGAAUCCUGUGUUAGUAAUGGCUCAUUCCUGGGCUUAGCAACCUUGUUGGUGGUCGUGACGUUGUUUUUGGUGUUGUUGUCUGCAGUGUCCUCACCAUUGGUGUCAGCUUGUCCUGGAGCCCCUGAGGUGGGGGGGGGGGGGGGCAAAGGUGGCUGGAUCAGCACCCUCUGAAAUGGGUCCUUUAGAUCUACUAGAGCAAUGACGGGGAGGGGGAAGGGUUGCUGGAAGAAGGAAUCGAUUCUGCCAGGGUUGCUGUAGGCCUUCACCAGUUUAGUCAAUAUUGGCUUGUAUCUGUUCUUGCACUGAUUAAUGUAUGCACAGCUCAUACAGCUCCUUCCUGACCCCAAACAGCUGCAUCCAGACACCUUGCCUGCUGGAAUCUGUGAGCAAGUGCUGAAUUUAGUACAUUCACUACAAGGAAGGGGUUUGUGCCGCUUGUUGUUGCUGUUUUUUUUUGGUAUCUGUUGAGUUUUCAACCACUUUUGCAGCAGGUUUCCAACAUUCUCACUGUGUAGGGCUGAGUAGGAAUCCUCCAGGAGCAAAAAAAGCCAGCAAGUGGGAAAAAUGACCACUUUCCAGCAACUUGUUGAAGUGAACUUUGCCAGUGGUUGGGGGAAGCCUUGUAACCUCCAGCCUUCUGCACCAACACCAAGGGGAUUGUUGCUCCCAAGGAGACUGCCGACGUUGACAACACCACCAGCACCAACACUGACAACAUGGAGAAGCCCAGGGCUGCUGACCCAUUAACACAGGACUCAGUGACAGAAUGCGAGGUGGCAAUGGACCUGAGAUGGGUGAAGAACAAGCGCAUCACCAAUGCUUCUGCCAAGUACUACACAUCCACUGCUGCUGUGGAUGUGAUACUGUGAGACUCCCCACCACCAACAGGUGCACUACUAGUGGUAUCAAAGGAGUAUGAGGAGGAGUUUGCAGAAUUGGAUACCAAUUCCAAUUCUGCUUUGGUAUCGACAGGACACUUUGGGACAGCAAAAUACUAGGGUCGCAAUGACAUAUAGUAGGGGACUGGAGGAAGUAGUACUACUAGUAGCUGUUUUGUCUGGUUCGCGUUUCUCUAUCUGUCCGUCGGUCCAAUAUUCGAAAAGAUUCACCCGAUGAUCCUUCCGCACAACUAUGCAAGGUAGAAAAUGCAACUGGAUGAAAUUGCAACUUUCUGCCAAAAACUACGUAGACGUCUUAUUCUGAUGUUAAGUUGGGGUUGGGGUAGAUUGGGCAGUUUAUUGCAUGCAUUUAACACUUAAGGGACUAAAUUUGUACUUCAAUGCAAAUUUGCAUUUUCUCCCUCGCGUAGACAACGCCACGUUCUAUGAACAAACAUGAAGCCCAAAGAUAAAAAAAAAAUCUUAAUAUUAUAUUUAACCUCGUGAACUAGAAGAGGCACUAUAUGGCCAGAACCAUAGCUUUGGUUAGAAAGAAUGCUUCCAGCUGCUCCGAGGGGCGGCGCCUCCCUCCGAGGAGGUUUUGUGGAGGCGCGACCAAGUUUUAUGCACACUGAUAGGCCAAAGGCCCAAGAAGGCUGAACUCAGAGGACAUAAAAGCAGGUGGUUCACAGUUUGGAUGGAUGAGAACCAUGCCAAUAUCAUUUCAAANGGAACGUUGCCCUCUGAGUUAUCGUACUUUAAAGAGUCGCUUGUGGAGCUGAACAUAGGAGGUGGUUCAAUUAGUGGUAGCUUUCCACUCUUUUUUGACGAUUUUGAAAAGCUGGACGCUUUGAGCCUCAACGACCAUUGUCUAACUGGAACCGUUUCAGAAGCGUUGUCACGUAUUCCAACUCUCUCUAUUCUUAGCACAUAUGGUAACAUUGGACUAAAAGGAUCGUUCAAUGGUUUUUGCAACGGCACGAGCUAUAAGAAUGAAAGGAUUGCUUUUCUUACCGCAGAUUAUUGCGGAAAAUUCAGCGGGUUGAAUAGUUCCGGUGUCGAAUGCGAUUGUUGUUUGUGCUGCGAUCCCAACAACUUUGAGUGCUUUCACCCGGGAUGGGGCACUUCGUCACCAAUCUAUGGUCAGGUGGGAAACUACACGUACGUUAAAACUUUUGAAAAGAAUUGCUUGACUUCUGAUCAAAAAGAAUGGAUAGAUGAAAAAUGUCCAUGCUUCACUACCACCAUGUUGGAUGGUUACGAAGAUUUCGAAUGCUUGAAUUGCACAGCAGACGGUGCCAGAAAAAGUCACCCGCCAUUUUAAAAUAAAUAUCCAUGUGUAUUGCGUUGAUUGCAUUACUUAUUACGGCACCGUAUAUAACAUAUCUGGAGGGGGACCUCUCCGUAUUGAGAAGAAGCACAUGAUUUAUGCUUGCGUAAUUUCAAGUGCGAAAACAAGUCGCAGAAAGACUACGAAGUUUAGUAAAUAAGAAGUUAAAAUUAAUUAAAUUAGCGUUG